CCUUCGAACCUUUUAAAAUGUUCCCCCCUCUCUCUGAUUCGUCAGACGCAAGAGAAUGUCCCUCUUUUUGUCUCCCUCUCUCUCUCCCCUCCUCACUCACUCCCUCUUUCUCUCCCCAUCUCUGAUUAGAUAGAUAUACUGAUUCCUCAUUCAAUGGACGUCAUUUAGUGCAGACUCUGCCUUGAGUUGCUUCCUCGCUUCACGCUCGAUUUCCGACCAUUCUUCCCUUAUUAAGAAUUCGUGUAAUAUUAAUAGUCAUGAAUAUCUGCUAUUAGGAGUCCAAGGAAAGAAGCAGCUCUUUGCUAAUAUGAGCUCAGUCGAGGGAACAGCACAGUGAUAGAGACAGAAGACGGAACAGGGAUACAGGAAACUUUAAACAUAAAUCCGCAAGACCAAACAUUGCAUUUUAGAAUCGAAUGAAGGGCAGUGGGAAUUUAACCAAAUUCUGAUGGAUUAUCGUUCUUCGGUGGUGCUUAUCUGAACAUUGGGCUCCGUGAUCUUUCAAUAGUGUUGUUGCUGGCAUUAUUUUGUUUGCUCGUACAUUUUCGUUGUGUUAUAUCAACGUUUUUCUUCUGAAAAUUCUCUUUUGAAUCGCUCGAAAAUCUUCGCAGAUGUUAGUGCACAGCUUUUCCGCGAUGGAUCGUCACGACGGUACCAGCAAUGGGACAGCCAGGCUACCUCAGCUGGGAGGCGUGGGCCAGUCUCCAUAUAGCGCCCCUCCACUCUCCCAUACCCCAAACUCCGACUUCCAGCCACCGUACUUUCCUCCGCCCUACCAGCCAAUCUACCCCCAGUCUCAGGACCCAUACUCGCACGUCAACGACCCCUACUCCCUCAACUCCCUGCACGCUCAGCCGCAGCCACAACACCCUGGCUGGCCGGGCCAGAGGCAAAGUCAGGAGAGCAGUUUGCUGCACCAGCAUCGUGGCUUGCCCCAUCAGCUCUGUAGGGAGUACCGUAGAGAAGUGCUCCUGCCGUCGGGCCACGGAAUCGAUACGGGACUCUCAGAUUCUAUCCCAAUCCAUGGAAUACCUCACUCUUUAGAAGAUGUUCAGGUAAUUCAGCAUUAUUUGCAUGUUGAGGAUCAAGGAAUUCACAUCCCAGAUCAGACUGUAAUUAAAAAAGGUCCAGUUUCUUUAUCCAAGAACAACAACGUCUCCGCCAUUCCGAUAAAUAAGGAUGGUCUUUUUGGCGGUGUGGUAAACCCCAACGAGGUGUUCUGCUCUGUUCCGGGUCGCCUGUCUCUGCUCAGCUCCACAUCAAAAUACAAGGUCACGGUGGCGGAAGUGCAGAGACGCCUUUCGCCGCCUGAGUGCCUCAACGCGUCACUGCUGGGCGGGGUGCUGAGAAGGGCCAAGUCUAAGAAUGGCGGAAGGUCCCUCAGAGAGAAAUUGGAUAAAAUCGGAUUAAAUCUACCUGCAGGUAGACGCAAAGCCGCAAACGUUACCCUGCUGACGUCACUAGUCGAAGGCGAAGCCGUGCAUCUUGCCAGAGAUUUUGGUUACGUAUGCGAGACUGAGUUUCCAGCCAAGGCAGUAGCUGAAUAUACAAACCGUCAGCAUUCCGACCCAAACGAACAAGUCCAGAGGAAAAACAUGUUAUUGGCAACGAAGCAAAUCUGCAAAGAAUUCACAGACCUGCUUUCCCAGGACCGUACGCCCUUGGGGAAUUCUCGACCACAACCUAUUCUUGAGCCAGGGAUUCAGAGUUGCUUGACCCAUUUCAGUCUCAUUUCUCACGGAUUCGGGACCCCGGCCAUGUGCGCGGCCCUCACCGCUCUCCAGAACUAUCUGACCGAGGCGAUUAAAGCCAUGGACAAAAUGUACCUGAACAACAACAGUCACUCAGACAGCGGCACUAAAGGCGGAGACAAAGACGAGAAGCACAGAAAGUGAUUCCCACCUGAAAGCCCAAUAUAAAUAUUAUAAAUACAUAUAAAUACUAUUGAUCAAGUUAACGUGCCACUUCCUGAUCUCGCGAUGAUUUUACAUGUUUGUUUUUAAUACCAUUCAACUUUGGAUUCACGGGAAGUGAUGCGCAAGAUCCCCACAAUAAUUAAAAAGAAAAAAAUGCUGAAAGGCGCAAAGAACAGAUCCAGAGAGGGAAAGAUCUCUGCCACAUCUAUGACUUUUUAUGUACUCCCUCUUUUUAUGAGCUGCAACGGACUGAAAUCGAGCGACCCUUAUAUCUCUCAAUUUACGAUUGUAGCCAUGUGACAAAAAGAAGCGAAAAGAGGAUGAAUUAUUAUCAGUAUUGUGAAUAAUAAACUUGAAAAAAAUCCACAGAGUUCCAUGUCAUGACUUCAGUUGUAGACUCUCACUCCAAGCGACCAACUUGAACUUUGAAUUUCAACACGAUUCACGGUUAUAUAAGGGAAUCUGUGUUCAUGUAUGUAUAUAUUUAUUUAUGUGUAAUUUAAUGGGAAUUGUAAAUAUGGUGCGUCUGUUGAAACUUCUUUUUUAUUUAUCUGGUGCCUCCUGUUUUAGUGGGUUUAAAUAUUCGGUUAGUUCUUCAUGUGGUUUUAUGGUUAUUAGAAAACAGAAGUUUGGGGUAUUUUUUCUCUGGGAUAUUUCAAUUCAGCCCUCUUGUAGCAUGUUGAGGCGACAUUGAAGCAAGUAAACAAAUUUAUUAGAAAUAAACCUCCAUUUCUCUCUAGCUAUAUCAUCCUUAUUCCAUUCAGUUUUUUAAUUGAAAAGUGCAUAAUCGAGACCCCGAAGAGAACUGUUUUGUGUUUCUACUUUCUUGUUUUUAUACAAGCUUUUAUGUGUUGUGCCAAUCAGAAUACGUUUCACUUGUUCUUCCCUUGAAGCACCAUAAAAGCAAUAAAUGGAUAUUGUCUUUUGAUUAUUUUUUUUAUGUUCGAAGUAAUUCUAAGCAUUUGGGACCAUCUGAUAUCUUGUAUGUCCAAUGUCCAAAUUGGAGGCGGUUUUAGCUGUAUUGUAUAGACUUGUGCUGGCAAUAGUUCCCAUGCCUGUCAAUGUAUUAUAGUCCUUUGUUGCCCAGAAAAAAAUAAACAUUUGAUACGCUUCAUGUUGA